AUGAUGGGUUUUGGUGUGAAGAAGAACAGAGGAACUCUCGGAAAACGUGGGGCAAGAACAGACGAGGGGUGUGCGAUGGGUGGUCGAGCAAGAGCAGGGAUUGGCCAGUCAGACAUUCACAUGAAACUCCACCCGCUGCGUACCUGGAGGGCUUGCUGCACGUGCUCUCGUGCAGUUCAAGGCUCAGACGUGGUUAACGCGAGACUUCCAUACAAUGUCCUCGAAACAAGGGAGAGAAUAGGGAAUUUCGACCCUCCUAUUGAUCCAAACUACGCCAAAGAGGCUGGCAAUAACGAACCAGAUGCUGUUCCUGGAGCCGGGAAUGCCAUCAAACCAGCCUGA